AUGCCACCCGCGACGGUCCAGAAUGGCUCUUCAUCCCAGAAACAUGGGUCGCCGGGGUUCAACGCAGGCGCGCGGCCCUACAGAUCGCACAAAGUCCGGGCUUGUGACUUAUGUAGGAAGCGCAAGUCCCGAUGUACGGUAGACAUACCCGGUCAAUCAUGUCUGUUGUGUCGGGUUCAAGGCGCCGAUUGCCAUUACCAGGAAGAACCCAGCCAGGAGCCUCCGAUCCCUAAUGGAUCCCCUUCGAAAGGGUGGACGGUCGAUCCGAUGGCUGAAAGCCUGGCUCCCAGUCAGAAGCGCAAGCGCAUUUCUGAAAGUGACUCUCCCCCGCACCCCGUUCGUCCGCUGGAUGACACCGCUACUCGGACCAGAGCCUCUUCGGCAGUGGACAGCCGGGGAAGCGAGUCUAGGCGACAGGGGGACGAGGACCCGCAUAACGAAUCGGUUCAGAUUGUCGGUCCAGUCGUGGCCGAUGACGCCCAGGUUAUCGAGAAGUUUAUGCCUCCGGAAACCUCAGAUCAAUCUGAGGCACCCAAAAAUCAUCCGUAUAAUGUCUAUUCAAAUGACCCGAGGAAGCCGAUCCUUUACACCACCAUCUCAAGGCGGAGGAAGGGUAUGCGACGGGGAAUCCCGCCAGGAGAGAACCAAAAGGAGAUUCUUGAGCAGAUCCUUGGGCCUUUCAAGCAUGACUUAGUGCGACUGUACGCCUCUCGUGGUUUCCCUCAGCUUUUCGUCGUGCUAACAUAA